AUGUUGUCCCUCUUGCUCAUCCUCCCUCUGCUGUUGGGGACCACAGCACACAGCCCCGUGAGCAGAGCAGCUUCCAGGGAUGUCACCACCUUUUUCCAGCUGGCUCAGGAGGACACUUGGGAGAAUGUAAAUCUCACCAGCAUGUCCUGUGAGGAUCAGAAGAACAGGACCUGGAUCACCCUGCAGCUGACCAACAGCAGCCUGACAGCAUUCCCAGUCUGCCUUCCAGAGGCCCUGCAGAGCCUGGAUCUCAGCAAUAACCUCUUGCAGGAGGUGAAUGGCACAGAGAUAGCAAACCUGCCCCAGCUGCGUGUCCUCUCGCUGAGGCACAACCACCUCUGGGCAGUGAGGUGGGGAUCGGAAACCCUCAGCAGUCUCCUCAAGCUGGACUUGAGCUUCAAUAAGCUGUCCUCUGUGCCAUCCUGCCUCGGCUCUGCCCUGCCCAACCUGAGGUGGCUGUCCCUGGCUGGCAAUCCCCUGAUUGAAAUCCAGCCACUGGCUUUUUCCUGCUACCCUCAGCUGCAGGUCCUGAACCUCUCUGUGACGCUGCUGGGGCAGGAUGACAGCAGGGGAAUCAGGGACUCUGCUUUUGCCAUCAGCACAGAUCCCCACGGGGCCAUGGACAGGCCUGGAAACUCCAUCGAGGUGCUUGAUCUGAGCAGGACCUUUCUUGAGACAAUUCGACCAGAGUGGGCCAGAGGCUUGGCCAGCCUCAGAUCACUUUAUCUGACAAACAUGCCACGGUUAAGAAGCCUUGACAGCGACUUCCUCAGGUCCCUGCCUGGUCUCCGAGAGCUGCACUGUCAGGACUCCCAUUCCCUGGGCUUUGUGCAGACAGAGGUGUUUGACAGUGCUCCUCACCUGAGCCAUCUCUCAUUUGAGAACUGUAACCUGAGUUCCUUUAAUCCUUGGAACACCAAUUCCUCGGAUGGCAUCACCAUCAACUUGCACGGGAACCCUCUGCUGUGCAGCUGCCAGCUCUCCUGGCUGCUGUCCACACCCCAGAAAGUUGUUCUGCAAAAGGCUCAGGAGACCUUUUGUACAUCCCAGGAAGAUUCGGGCAGACCUUCGACAUCUUUUUCACUGCUGGAGCUCUACAACAAGUGCCAGUCAGAGAGCAACGUUACGCAGCCCGACUCAAACACAGCCCCUCCUGAGGGUGAUGCUUUCAGCCUCACCAGCCACGAUGCCUCUGCUGCAGUAACAACAGACUCAGCCCUGCUAACCAAAGACACCCAUACCAGCUCCCUCAUCCAGAGGGAUGCAAGGAGCACAGCAGCAUCCAACCCAACGGAGCCCAUCCUAACAAAUGCCAACAGUUCCUCCCACGAGGAGGAGGCAGUUUCUGAACCCACAAGCAGUCCCCCUUCCUUGGCAUCUGUAACCUCCUUCCCAGUUUUUUUCCAAGAAUUCUUUGCUCAGUCCCCAGACCACAGCUCGCCAAGUCCAGCUGGAACAGAACAGCUCCAGGGAGGGCUCAGCACAACUGAAACGACACACCCUCGGGAAGGGCCAUUCAAGCAGAGCACCAGUGCCUAUUCCACUGGAGGAACAGGAGUCCCCCACAGCACCACCCACCACAGUCGCUCCUCUGCCAGCCCUGCCAGGCAAAGUGCUCCCCAGGCGAGCCCCCCAGAGCUGAACCCCACGAGGAGCAGUGCCCCCUCAGGGGCUGUGCGCACCGCGCCAUCCCCACACUACACCGAUGACUACGACUACGAAGAGCCCAGGGAGGAGGGCCCAGGGCAGACAGCCCAGGCUGCCUGUGACUACGAUCCCUGCAGGCACCUGCAGAGGCCCUGCAAGGAGCUCCAGAACAUAUCCCAGUGCUCCUGUCCUGGCACUUCCAGGGAAGAUGAGGUUCCAGACCCCCCCAGGCUCAGGGCAGUGAUUGAGAUCACUGACAGCUCCGCACAGAUCCGCUGGUGUGCCCCAAACUCCAUUGUUCACAGCUAUGAGCUGAUGCUUCGUGCCCAAGACGGCGAGGACAGGCAGUUUGUCAUGGACAACAUCUACCCCACGGCCAGGCAGUACACCCUGUACAACCUGCUGCCAUUCACCACCUACUACAUCUGCGUCACUGCCUCCAACAAGGCAGGGUCAAGCCAGACCACAACAGGUCAGGAAAUUCCAGGUAAUUCGUGUACCAGCUUUAAAACAAAACCCAGCUACAAGUAUGUUUUUGCUGGUCUGUCUGCAGCAAGUGGACUCUUUCUCAUUACCACAAUUAUUUUGUCUGUAUGUCUGUGCAAGGCCUGUAAAAAGCCUCAGAGUGAGCAGUAUGGAACACACUUAGUCUCCUACAAGAAUCCAGCAUUUGAUUAUCCCUUAAAAGUACAGACCACGAAUUAGCUCUGGGUGAUUGUUCUAUACAAUCAAAGUUCACUAUCUCCAUCACCUUGGUGUGUUU